UGGGAAAUGCAGUCUUCAGUUGUUGGAGAUCUGAAUACGAUUAACCUUAUUUUUUUUCGUAAAUAUUAACACAAGCAUACGCUAAAAAGUUUGGUGCUUAAAUUUUUAUAAUGAAGAACAUAGAACUCAAAAGUUGAGAUGCAAAUACUGUAAUAAGCCACAGCCAUGGAUAGAAGCAGCAGGUCAGAAUUACUACAGACCAUAGCCAGUCAACAGGAGCAACUGGGGAGAUAUGAAAAGAGACUUCGGGAUGUUGUUGAGGCUUAUAAAAGUUUGCACAAGGAGAAAGCUGCCUUAGAAGCAACCAUUCAGGCCUUGAGUUGUAGUAAAAAUGGAGGAGACAAAGCCAAGAAAGGAACAGAGUCUUCUCACGCAACCAGGCACAGUGGGGAACACGUUCAAGACCCAUUAGGAGCCCAGGAUCCAAAAGAGGUUGAGUCAAAGGACAAAACAGAUGGAGCAGAUGACAGGGAGGAAGGUGAUGACCAGGUGGCCACUCUGACCACCUCUCUGCAGACGCUAAUGCAGGAAAAAACUAAAAUGGAGACCAACUAUCAGGCCGAGAAGAAAAAGAUGAGGGCAGAAUAUGAUGAAAGGAUUAAAAGGCUGAAAGAAGAGUUGGAGCAAAAAGGAGAAAAAGAAGCAUCUUUACAAGAACAGUUACUGCAGUUGAAGAACCGACUAAGAAGUGACCAUGAAGAGAGAGAGAAGGAGCAGAAUGAUCAUGCAGUGAUGUUGAGAGAGCUACAGAAACUUUUGGCAGACGAAAGGAAUGCCAAGGAACACUUGGAAAACCAGCUUGAUGACACCAAGGAGCUUCUUGCAGACAGCAGAAGACAGCAGCCAGAGCUGGAACACCGGUAUGAGAAGAGGAUCACAGAUCUGUCUAAGGAGCUGGAACAUCUCAGGUCUCAGCUAAAGGCCUCAGAUGAAAAAUCUGAUCAGCCGUCCCCCCUGUUACUGGAGUUGCAGAAAGAGAUGGCUGAAAUGAAGGCACAGUACAAGCAGCAAGUACAACAGGAGCAAAAACGUGCCAAUGAGGCAGAAAGCAGACUUGGUCAGAUAGCUCAGCAAGGUGAGGAGAGGGUAUGCGGACUGGAAAACAAGCUGUCAGAACUCUCCGAGACAGUGGGAAACUAUGAACGGCUUCGCUAUCAGGACCAGAUAGCCAUUCAGAAACUGAAGGACAGGAUAGCUCAGCUGGACAUGGAAAACUCAGCCUUGACCAGGGCUGUCCACUCUGAAGUCACUGAUGAGGAUGAACGCAAUAUGGAUGUCCAAGGAUUGGCUGACAAGAUAGGGAAACUGAAAGAUCUUUUGAAAAUGGCCAAUGAGAAGUCGGAGAACCCUAUUAAUGUGCAAGAACUGUUCUUAAGUGGAAUCCAGAUAGAUGAUGACAGCCUUCACAAGAGGUGCCAUGAGGAGUUAGGCCAGCUUAAAGAGGAGUUUGAAAGAUACAAGCUCAGGGCUCAGUCAGUCCUGAAAAACAAGAGUGCCAAGGAUACAGCCAAUAACCAAGAAGUGGAAUCUUACAAGAGCCAGAUAGCAGAGCUGAAGGACCGUAUUCGCCAACAGAGGGCAGACAAAGAAGAAAUGGAGUUAGAUUACAAACAGCAAGUAGCCGGGUUACAAAGGACCUUGGCUCAGAUGGCAGAGGCCCACAAGGCUGACCUAGCCAGCACAGAGAUGGACCAUCAACAGAAGAUGACCAGCUUAGAGCAACAGAUACAGAAACAGCGGGACAGGACUGUGGCUCUUCUUGCAGAGAAAGACCGCGAAAUAGACCAACUUCGGUGCAGUAUACCUGGAUGGAGGCCAACUGAACGACAGGGAUCGUUAGGAUCGGAAGAAAAUGAGACUGAGGAGAGUGUUGCUGUGGAGAACUUGCUAUCACAGUUUCCAAGUUCUCUACAGAAUGAAGGAACGUUGUUGCAUUUUGCUCAAGAACAGGCUAGGAAAGUGGUCGAGAACAGCACACUCAGGAAGCAGAAGCACCAGGCUGAGCAAGCUCUCCGUGAGGUGCAGCAAAGUUUCAUGGCUAAGGAGGAACACUAUGUUGAGCAAAUUGAGUUUCUGAAGGAAGAAGUGAGGAAAUAUGAAAGGAGCAAGUCAAGGGAAAGUGCAAAUCUGGAGUAUUUGAAAAAUGUGGUUUAUAACUAUAUGAUAUGCAGGGACAGUGUGGGCAAACAGCAAAUGCUGAAUGCAAUAGCAACCAUCUUGCAAUUCAGCCCCAAAGAGAAGCAACGGGUGCAGAAACAUUUGACAGCCUGGUGGGGGUACUAUACUUCUUAUUCCUCAACAAAGUAGGAAUUUUUUUUUAUAGGGUAGGGCUUUGAAUUUUCAUGUCUGUUGUCAUUUUCUGUCUCAGUGGACCGGAAAUAAUGACAUCAAGUACACAAUUAAAGCAUUUAUAUCAAGAAUUCAGAGUAAGCUGUAUAAUGAAAAGCUGGGGUAUGAAAAACAAAGAUAUAAAAACACUAUGGUUAGAAUUUAUUAUUUUAAAAAUUAAACAUACUUUUGCUUCUUAAUGGAAAGUGGGUUGUGUUGUAAAAAAUGUAGAUGAAAUAGCCUUUUGCCCAAUAUUUAACAAAAUGAGCAAGUAAUGAAUGUUUAAAAGAACCAAAGUCCAAUUCAAAUGUUGAAGGGAAGAUGGCGCCACUGGAUUGCUUAUUAUUUGUUCUGUUUGGAAACAAGAAAAUUACAUUUGCUACCCUUUAGGAUAACUUAGUCAGUAAUGGUAAUAGGGACCAUCCUUAGACUAAAAGCUUCAGGUGUUACAGGAUCUUUUUUAAUGUGAUAUUCUUAACAUAACUCCAACCCAGGGGAUGUAUACAGUACUAUGUGCAUGGAUUUAAAGUGUUAUGAAUUUGGACCUAUAUAGCUUAUUUGUCGUUAAAAUGCGUUAUGGGGUUGUAAUUUUGAAGUUUUCAACAUUGUUUUCAGGUUAUGGGUAUCAAAAUGGGGUGUGAGAAAAAGUUCUGCUCACAUACUAUCAAAUUGGUUCUGGAUUCUUUGUAUAGGAAUUUAAACUAAUUUUUCACGUUCUUGGCUGUAAUGGGUACAAUACAAAAUAAAUAUUUUUAUGGCCAAUUGAAAAAUGUCUUGAAAUGUUUGGAACAUGAAGUGUUUUCCAAAAAGGUAAUGCUGAACAAUUAUUAAAAAGAAACAUUUUAUUGUGUAAAGUUUAUUUUUAAGCAACAAUCAUGGCAGUCAAAAAAUAUAACUGCAAAUGAAUAGGGAAAGAACCAUAUUAUAAGCUAUAUGUAAAUCAACAACCAUGCAUUUUUUAUGUAAAUUGAGAUUUUAUACCACCAGACGUCAAGUUGCAUCAAUAAAGCUGCAGUUUACUUCUCUCUGUCAAA